GCGGGGGGCUGCGGAGUCUGGUGAAGACGGACCUGCGGGCCCCGACCAUCAAGCGCCCCCUCUCGGCCCCCGUCACGAUCCAGGGCUGGCUCCACAAGCAGGGCAGCGAAGGGCUCAUGCUCUGGAAGAAGCGAUGGUUCGUCCUCUCCGAGUACUGCCUCUUCUACUACAAGGGUGAAGAAGAAGAGAAGGUCCUGGGUUCCAUCCUGUUACCAUCGUACAAAAUUUCGCCAUGCUCAGCAGAAGAUAGGGUGUUCAAAAAGUUCAGCUUCAAAGCUGAGCAUGCUAAUAUGCGCACGUAUUAUUUUGCUGCAGAUUCUAGAGAACUUAUGAUCCAGUGGAUGAAUGCCUUAAGCCUUGCUUCAAUUCUUCAAGAAAGCAAUCCGAGUUGGGCAGAAAACAGGACAGCGCUCUCCUCCAACUCUUCGCAUCAUAACCACAGCACAGACGAUAGCGAUUCAGGCUUUCAUGGCAACUACCCUCCACUCAAGAAAAUGGUAGCAAUGAAACAGGUGAAUGAGGUUGGGAACGACUAUGGAACGACAAUGCCAAAGUGGCAGAAUAAUCACUGCGAAAACCCACAACCGCUGUAUGCCAACGCACCACCCAAACCGCGGCGGCUGAACAAUGAGGCUUCACCGGAGAGGUCACCGGAGGAAAAUGGUCGGAUAUCGAGGAUGGCUGCUCAACCUCAGGAAUACCCUCGCAUGCAUAACUACAACCGGCCAAAUACGUUACCUAACGCCCACCUGUUCAACAACUCAGAGCGCCGAACGCCGGAUACUUACGGUCGCUCAUAUGCAACUGCGCCAAGUGCUCACAAGCCCUCUGGUGUGAAAAAAUUUGACUACGAAGACGUUUAUCACAACAAUCAAGAGAACUCAGUUUAUGUCUCGAAUAAAAAUAUGAUCAACUCUCAGAUCGCUCAAUCCCAAAUGGCUGUGCACUACCGAAAACGACCCCACAAUGUGAUUUCACCCACCCAGAAAAGGUAUCCCCCACGCCCUCAUAGUGCUGAUUUCCUGGAGUACGAUGCGAGAAAGUAUGAGAUGCAGAACGGUGUCCAAUCCCCUGCUGAGUUCCCAGGGACCUGCUAUGCGAAUCAGGGAGUGAUCUCAACCCAACCAAGACGGCCAAAGUCCAGUCUUGAUAUCAUCAACACCUCAGACUUCCUGGACUACCACCACUGGUCGGAAGAAAGCUAUGCUCAAAAGAUGCGGCAGUCUGCAUUAUAUGUGUCGCCCACAUUCCAGAAUCAUGUCAGCCCAUUGAUUGCUGCGAGAACCACUACACCAUCGACCAAACUUCCAUUCAAUCAGACUUCACCUUAUUUGGACUCACCAACAGACUCAGCCAGUGUGCAGAUGCGGAAUCAUUCAAAUGUGAUUCUUGAGCAAGAACGACAAUGGAACGAAUAUAUCCAAUCUCAAAAUCGCAACUCAAGUCAUAGUCAAUUUAUACGUUCAGCCAGUGCAAGACUGCCUCGGCAUUCUGAUUUUGUUGAUGAUGCUCUGAACUUUGAGGACUGUUCAGAGAAAAAUUACAAUUUCGAAAGGAGGAACAGCACUGAUUCUCGGGAAGGAGAAAGGAAAACGCAACAGAGAGAGGAAUCUAUGAAAAGACUUCUUGAAUGGAAGCAGCGAAUGCUUCAGUCACCACUUUCACGCAAAUCUUCAGGAUCAUCAAAGCGGGGAACAGCGCAAAAUGAGCUCUCCAAAGGAAUGAUGAACUAUGACUCCAAAAGCAUACCAAGGAAAGAAAUCAGUGAUAUGCUAAAGUCAAACUCAUUUUAUGGCCAUGAUUACCCUGUCGAUUGCAUCAGCUCAAACCAAAAAAUUAUCUCAGAAACUAAGAAUGCUCAUUAUAAUUCAGAUACAUGGCCAACUAAAACAACUUCAGGAACAAAUCCAUCGAACGAGUCUUGGGAUUCCUCCGCAGACUCAGAACUGAGGACAAUAACAAAUACUGCCAAUCACAAUGGAGAUAUUUAUCUCCACCAAAAAUACCUGACUGAUUCAAACAUGUGCAAUAGAACCAGGAACAUGUCCAAAGACGGCUCUCAUCCUGGUCCCCAGAUCAGCAGAUUUAAUAGCUACUCUUCCGAUGAUGAAGAAUUGGAGCAAGGCUGUGAUGAACCCAGGGAAAAGCUACCAACUAAAAUUGAAGAGAAAGCAAUUGCGAAGGACAAUCCAACAAACAUGACACCUGAUUAUGAAAACAUUUCGAUGGUUGGUUCAAUUAACACAUCAUACAGCAGUGUUUAUAAAACAGACUAUUCCAACAGCCUGAACAAGUACAAAUCAUCUAAGUCAAGUUCGAAUACCAACAGUCAUUUCAACCACUCGUUUGAUUUUCUGAAAGACAGCAAAUUGAUCGAACAAGCAGUGAUGAAACCCUCCUAUUCGACGUACUCUUCACCAGAAAAAGGAAACGAAAGUCAGUUUGACAAAAAUCUUCUCCCUUUUAAACAUUCCGUCAACCUAAAUGAUUCAAAUACUAUGAGCAAAAAAUUUUCCAAAUGUAAUGGCAGCAGUGACACGAAUGACAGCCAGUCAUUCAACGGAAACUCUAGCUAUGAAGACCGAUACACUGUUAGUAGCAAACACUCGGACAGCGGCUAUGAUACAUUGCAAACCAGCUCUCGCAGACUCCCCACUGACUCACUGAACAAUUCUAGCUCGGACUAUCGAUCUCCAAACUCAACUGUUUCAUUCUCUCCUCAGCCUGCACAGACAAAAACCUUGAAAGCACUAGGUAAAGAUUACAAUUGGAUUGCAAAGUUGGAUGAAAAUAGGUUGAUCAAAGAAUUUUCUUACCAGUAUAUUAAUCCAAAAUCAAACAAAGAUGAUGAGCCAGUUAUGAAGAAAUCCCUAGCUAAACAAUACGAAACCCCACCUGAAAAUAUUGUUCAAAAUCGUAUAAAAGCAUUUGAAGUCAGCUCUGAUGAUAACAGCAGUAGCAAGUCCAAUGGAAAAUUGAAGAUGCAAGAGCCCUUGAAGCCUCUUCAGUCUAAAUAUCAACCAAACGAAGCUCAUAUUUCAGUUCUUUCAAGCACUGAAACCGAGUCAAACCUUUUCCCAACAAAUUGCCCGCCAGUACCAGACGAAGUCUGUACUUCGAAUUUAUGGCGCUCAAAAAGGCGGAAUCUCCAUAAUCUAGGGAGCCCAAUAGAUUUACUUGAUGAAGAGAUGAAGUACUCAAAACGUGAAUAUUUGCUCAAUAGUCAAAAUCCUAAAUCAGUGCGCGAUUUACUCGCUGACUUUGAGAGAAAGUCCCAAUUAAGCAAAGAAGAACAAAUUCUCGAGGAAAAUUGUAUUAAUUUGAAUCGAGAGAACGGAGCCACAAGCAGAGCAGAUAUGCUAUAUGAUAUCUCGAGCCGAGACCAAACUACCAGUGAUAUCUUGUCAAGACUCCAAAGGAUGGACACUCCUUGCAGUGAAGAGGAUAAAGAUGAAGAAGUCAGUGCGGUCUUGAGCCAGCAGGACAAUUUUUUUAGCCCCUGUCAAGAUCGCGACAUGGAGCAAUAUAGCCGCAAAACUCCAGAUUCUACACUUUCUGCAGAUACUAAAUCUGCUGUUGCCAAUGGCACUUGCCCACCCCCCAGGCCUGUUGAGUCGAAACCACCUCUUUCAAAUUUCAGUUACAAGAACGUGCCACCUCCGCAUUUUCAUCGAAAAAGCAGUUCGUUUGACAGCAGCCAAGAAGAACAUUAUAUGCCCAUGACCCCCUCGAAGAAAAACAGCUUGUCAUCAAUCGCAGAUGUGUUCUGUCACACACGCAGCAAUUCUGCCUCCCAAACAAUCAUCAUUGAAGAUCUUUUGAGAGGAGAUGAAAGCUCCUACGUUGAAAUGACCGAAAAUGGAAUGAUUAAGUCCCUCCUCGCUCCUGGAGACGACCAGCAAGUGUACAGCAAAGCAGACCAGCAAAAUCAGCAACAAUCGGAGGGUGAAGCCCCUCGGUAUUUGAAUAUGAGAGACACGAAAAAUUAUGAUUUCCUCUAUAAGUCGAACCCUCAGCAUGAACCUCUGUACAUGGAGGUCAACUCAGUGAUAGAAGAAAUUCACCUAGGCUCAAGGCAUAACUCUGUUUCAUCUAAUAGUAAAAGCGAAGUGUCCAGUAGUAUGAAGAAGGAAGACCUACCACCAGCCCCGCCGCGCACAGCUUUACCAGAUAUACUCAGCCCAUCGUCGACGAACUCAGGUCAGCAGCAAUCCUCUGUAAAGUCGGAUAGCUCCGAUGCAGAUGAUGAGGCCUCCAAAGACUUGGACUCAUUGGAUGCCCCUCGACAUCCUAGAUUCAGCUUGUCGGACACUUUUCGACCAGCGUCUUACUAUCUCGGGGCAGGCUCCAACAGAAACCUCAUCGGUCUCUCUUGCUCGGAGCAACACGAUUCCUCUGACAGCGAUCUUGUUUCCCCGCCUCCUAUUCCAACAAGUCCACCGCCCUUGGACGACCUUGAUACCUCGUUGGAAAUUACCGACUCCUCGUUAGACAUCAACAAAUCUGAUUGUAUGAAACUUGAGCCUCCUUUGACAAUGUCUUCCAUCAAAGAUGACCGAAAAUUAUGGAACACGGGGUCUGACUUAAAGACGAUUCAUGAACGGAUGGAAUUGCUGAUGCAACCCCCGAAUGGAACUCUAGAUGAUACUUUCAGCUCAGACACGGACUCUAUCGACUCCACGAAACGGGAUAAGUUGAAGCGUCAACCUGUAUCACCAGAAAUCUUAGACUGUCUAGAAAGGGAGCCUUACUUCGGGUCAACUUCCAGUGGUCGUCGAUCCGUCGGCAGCGAUCUUGAUUCGAUAGGAAGUAGGAAUGGUCUGGCUAUGGAUGACAAUGAAAGUAUAGACUUCGAUAUGUACUUAUCUGACUUACAAGUCAAUCAUCCACUUGAGCCUGAAAACUCUGCCACCGAGUUUAACAACGAUUUUUACCAAAAUUACCUGAAGAAAUCAUCAGGGCUACUUCCGAUGAAACAGUUCGCGCAUCCUCCUGCAGUGAAACCAAUGUAUAACGGUGAACAGUAUGAGCCCCAACCGUGCAACAGUGAGCAAGAUCACAAAGCACCAGAAAAUGAGGAGAUCCACUAUGAAAAUGUGCAAAACUUACAUGCUCCACCCAUGAGCGAACCUUGCGAAGACGGUCCUCGACCCAACAGUCAAAUGUCAGAUGGUACUGCUAGAUGUGAGCUGCCUCCAAAGCGUAAACCGAUGAUUGAGGUGCCACAAUUGCCACAUCUCCCUGGUGGCACCCCGUCAGCCCAAGAUUUAUUCAAUGCUCAAAUCGGUGCCCCAUACUAUUAUUCGGAUCUGUUGAAAGUGGAGAUAGACAAUUAUAAUGCAGAGAACAAGAAUAUCAAUAUACGUCCAGACGGCACUCUGCAACCUCUAAAUAACCAAAGAGACAGUCCGAUGGAAGGACUUUGUCUGAGCAAGAGAAACGACAUCGGACGAAAGGUGAAUCAAAUUCGUCAGUUUGCGCGACCCAUCGAUGGCCUCUCAGAGACGGAUGCAGCCAAACUCGCUGCCGAGCUUAAAAAUACAUCAACACAAUUUUUCGUCCCUGAAAAGUGCCAACAGUUCGACCAAAGAAACCUGUACGAUCCUGAUACUCUGCAACGCCGAAAGUCAGCCGCAAUGUUGGCUCAGAAGAGACGAUCUCAAACACCUGAGCCCUUGGGGAACACACGGAACUUGUACCCUCAUGGAUUGCGAGAUAAAUCAGUAGGGUUCGAAAGCGAAUCAACCCGGCGGCUGAGUCGAUCUCUAGAAGGGCUACUCGAUGACAACGAUUUGUACUCGCCAGGAGAAACUAGGAAUAACAGGACCAUGUCACCGGGCAAUGCUAUUUCACGGUUACUUCAAACGACCCAGCCUCAAAAUACAACCCCAAGACUCCAAAACAACGUUCAAAAUAUGGCGGCGUGUUUCCGAGGCUCGUCCAGAGUCCCUCCGCCUCCGCCAGAUGUUUGGGAAGAAGACGCCCUGUGGCGAGAAAAUUUGAGGAGAGUCAGCUUAAGACAAACACAGUCGCUCGAUGACCUCGACCAGACCCCUGAACGGCCUCAGCAGCAAUCCGGGCGCCAAAGCGUCGACAUCCUAAGCUCGACAAACCGUUUCGAAGAGAUGCCUUCUUGCAAUAUCGCAAAGCCACAGGUUCCGCGGAACCCAACUCGGGUCGAACAAGAAAUUGACGACGGGGUCCAUUACGAGCGGCUGGUUCGGGACUCCAAGACGGAGACGAUGAACAACUUCGAGUACUGUCGCAAGGACAAGAAUCUGAUCCCCGGUAGGCAGCAAGUACGCAACGGUCCGCAGUCUUUUUUAGAGGAAGGUCUGUACCCUACCCGGCCACCUUCGUUCGAGAUCGACCGAGAGAAGCUCCGCCAGUGGGACCUGAUGUCGAGUGCCCCGGCGGGAAUGCUCGGAGCUUCCGACGGAGUGCCAGCUCUAGGUCUGGGCCUCGGCCUGGGGCCGAACACGGGAAUGGGAAUGGGGUUGCGGGCCCUCAAGCCCACGCCAGGAGCAGCCUCAGAGGAGUCUCAAAUUCCUGCGGCUCAAGUUCCGGGAACGCAAACCCUCGUCAGAACCGAGGCUUUCUCUCCUCCAAGCUCUCAAGCGUCCGAGUCCGGAUCUAUGAUUGGGCGCGAUCCUCUGCCUCCCCGACUGGCGGGGCCCAACCAACCCGUCAAUGGGGUCGCCUCCCCCGAGAAGCUCCCGGGAAACUGUAACCACCUCCUCUCCAGCUCCCCGCACCAUCGGAGCAACUACCCCAAGACCAGCGUCUCACCCCUCAACCCCAUCCCCCACAGCCCCCUCAACACCCUUAACACCAUGAACAACGUUCACAGGCCCUGCGUCGACCCGGUGCAACAGAAGAGGGCACGCUAUGCAGAAUUAGAUGCGCCAAAGAGGCUUGAGCAUCUUCAAAAAUUAGAAGACUUGAAACGGCAUUUGCUGGAACUAGAGAAGCAGUAUGAAAAAGGGAAACCUUUAGUUAAUUUAGUGGAUAAUAUGGUAAAACUCGGAUCUCUCUACCGCGUUGGCAGCACAGUUCCUCCAUCCAAUGUUUCCUUACUUCAAGAGAAAAUUGAAUUCAAUCACAAAGUCCAAGAACAGCGGCUACUGGCUGAAGAACGGAGAGAUUGGGAAAGGCUGAACCCUGAUCAAAAUCAACUUCAGGCUAAAGUAGAACAGCUUUACUACCUUGACAGAGUUCUUCAAGAGGAGUCAGGAACCCUUCAAAGCCUUCAGCAAGAUAAGGAGAUUUUGGAGCAGGCACUCUUUGGUUUAAGACACAAAUUACAAGGUGUGACAACAAACCCUAUUGAAGUGGAACGUUACCGCCGACAACAGCUAAUGCUCGAGAAGGAGCUAAGUCGUGUCAGAUCGGUCCUUGCGCACAAUUCCAAAAAAUUAGAAGAAACUGUGACUGCAAAUGCUCGGCUAGAAGCUGAGCUGGUAGUUUUGCGCCAGAAGUUCUCAUGGCGAAGGAGAGGAGCCAAUGAAGGGUCAGGAGGAGGGCCAACAGUGGCAGCCUUAGAAUCUGAGCUCAGUCGUGUUCAAGCAUUAGUUGGUGAUCUUCAACGUCAGAGACAGGAGCUCUCCACGCAAGUCCGCCAACUAACAGAAAAGAGUCAUUCCCUUGGUGAACAGAUCAGGCCGGGACCAACUGGUGUGGCUGGUGCUGGUCCAAUCCCAGCAAAAAAGAAAACAAUGAGUGGGUGGUUAGAAACUGAUCUGGAUUCACAAGUCACUCAAGAUGUGGGAGCUGCAACUGAGUCUCUCUCACCUCUGACGAUUAGUCCACAACACUUGUCGCACACUUCUCCGAUACCACUAUACGUCAACACAGAUGGAAACAAGUCACCAGAUCCAUGUAUGAAUGGAUUUGACAGUUCCUCUACUGAUGAAAAGAGUGACCCAAUGUCUCCUCCCGCCAAUCAACCAAGAACAAUGGACAUUAGUGAGGCUGAUGAAAGGAUAAAAAGAUAUUAUGGUAUCAUUCCUCGUGACAAACCACAAGAAAUCAAGACCGUGAGGAUAGUUAAACGUGAAUCAGAGAGGAGGCAACGUGAUCGAGACCGAAGUGGCAAUCUCGGUAUUCCAAUCACAAAUACUAGUUCAGCCAAGAGAGUAACUGUCAUAGAAGAAAUCAGCAAUGAGAAUUAUGAGAAUCAGUUACUGGGCUCUGUCGAUGAAAUAAACGAAGACGAUGAUCUGACGAAUGAUAGGUCCAUGUCUUUGCCGCGAGGAUUCGGCAGCCGGAAUAACAAACCAGAUCCCCCUCCUCCACCAACCCCUCGGUCGGACAGCAUACAUGCUUUAAGAAAUAUUGUAAACAAAAAUCCUAGGUUUAAGGUUGAUUCUGACUCAUCGCUGAAAUCACGGUCUGCUCGAGAGCAACUUUUUGGAAGCAACGGGAGUGUAGAGGCUUCCUCUGCACGAAGUAGCACUGAAAAUUCACCUCAACUCUCACCUGUUUACCAAAGUGAAGCAGCGCGGCAGAUCAUCCAAGAGAUUUCAGGGAAAGAGUCAGUGAAGCUUCCAAAUGGAGUCGGCAAAAAUGUUACCAAUAACAAUAAAAGGCUGGUGCCGAGGGAAAAGAGGAGACAUCAUACGGUUUCAAGUGGCCGCCCUCUGAUUUCCCUGGACUCGUAUCCAUAUCAGAAUGUGUCUCGAGCGCGUGAUGAUUUGGAUAUGGAGCGAGCUCUAAGGCCCCGACUAAAUGGAGCACCUGAUGUUGUGCGAUCUACACUAUCACGUACUGAUCCAGUGAAGUACAAUGCAGAAACCAUCGAUAGCAUUUUAGGCACACCUAGCAAAAUCAUCAUUCCUGAAAGAUACAUUCCUGAGUCUGAGCCUCAGCUCUCUCCGGAGGAACAGUCAAAACGGUUAAAGAAGGCUGAGGCCAUCCGGAAAAUGUUGUCCGAGACCAGCGUUUCACAGUCUGAAGGAGGAGAAGAGCCACAGAAAAGUGAACAAUCUGUGACAUUGAAGAAGAAAGUAGCGGAAGAAAAACGACAACGUGAGCACUUGCUGCAACUUAACCAAAUUCUAGCUCAUCAAGUCAUGGAGAAGAGUAAAAUGGUCGCAGUUAAAGCAAUGGCAAGUCUAUCAGCAACCCAGAGCGAAGCAGAAGACGAAGAUGAUGAAGACUCGCCACCCGAACCUCUGCCUAUUUACCAACAAAGAGAGAACUAUUUCUCUUGAACUUCAAGUUCAGAAUCCCGAAAAUCUGCUUAAGUAUAAGGAAGACUCAAUCGGAAGACGAAACUUUCCAUUUUGGGUAUUUUGAUUUUAAUUAAGCUUUUUCGGACCCAUUAUGAGCCAGAGAACUAGGUUAUUGAAUCUAGUCUGCAAUAUCGCCUCUCAGCUUGCCAUCAGGGCGAUCAAAGUCUAAUCAAUUACCUUGAUUUUUUGCACCCAUGUAAGCCCCAAAGUCUUACGCUACACCUGGCUUGCCAACAUAUCAGGUCUAUAUUUGUUUUGGGUGAACUUUUUUGAUGGCGGUUGUCAAAAUUAGCUUUUGAUCACCGCUGUUUGAACUCAUAUUUUUCUUAGACUGAAUCUGUAAAUUUGACUAUUGUUAUGCGACAGUAGACUAUAAGUCCUUCAAUGGGACGCCAAUAUGAUGUUUGAUAAUUUUGCUCAAUUGUAGACUGUAUAUUAUAAUCGUGAAAUGUAAACCAUCGUAGAUUUUUUAUGCCAACGUUUUGACCCUGUAGAUUGUAUAUUUAAUCUUAAUACUAUGUCUUUGAUUAUAUGGCCUCUUUAGUAAGAAGUCUGUCUAUAUAACCAAAUCUUCUAAACUAGUACCGCUGAAAAAAAAAACUCACCCUGAUGAUAUCUCAGUGAUAAUGUCAAAUUUUAAAUUUAAAUCAGCGUCGUAUUCAAGGUUGGUUUUUCAACUGCUUUAUCUGGUGCUAUAAUGCCCUGAAUUUCUGAUCGUCAAUUUUUUUAAGUACUCUUAAUGUUCAUCUCAUAAAUAACUUAUCAAUCAGUAUUUGUUUGUUCGCAAAGCAGUACAAUUUUAACCUGUAACUUCAUUCAACAUUUAAUCUGAGAUUUUCUCUCUUUUUUGAAAAAUAUGUUCCCGAAGCAAUUGAUUAAAUAUGUGUCAAUAAUUCAGUAUUAAUAUUCUAUAAUUAAUAUAUAGAUAAGAAUAAUCCCAUCAGGUUGGAUCUUUAUCCUUACCUUACGUGUAAUGUUGGGCUGUAAUAGUCCUCCAAAAAUAAAAAAAAUAGUUUUAGAAAAGAAUUUUUUUAUCCUGUUUCAUCUGUAAGUUAAAUAAUUUUUGUCAGCUUUGCAUGAUUUGUUCCUUUUCAUUUUCCUCUUUAUACUAUGAAAGUUUUUAAGAAUGAAUCAAAGUUCCUCAUUGCUAAAUGCCAUCCUCAGAGGGGGACGAAGCCAUGGAUUAUAGAUCCCCCACCCCCUCUCCCUCAGAAUUUAGUGAUUUUUAGGGUAGCGUCGUAUUUUUUUUUUUUUUUUUAAUUUGGAUCAAACAUAAAGCAUGCGUGUACUCGUGAAACAAACUUAUACUUAUUGUGCCAAAAUCUCUACCCUACAAAAUAAUACUGAAGAAAUUUUUCACAUGACUAAUUCCUAACUUUUCUCCAAGCUGAAACAAGUUGUCUAAAAAUUGCCCAUGCACAUUUUUCUAGCUUUUAGUUUUUUUAUGUCAAUAACAUUUUAGAACAGUCGAUGCGAUCAUGAAAAGGGAGUAAAGACAUAUUUUGGGAUCAAGGUAGCCCCAAAACAUGUCCUUAAACUACUUCCAUAGUACCAUCCAACCUUCGCAAGUAUAAUCAACCCAAAAAAACUCAACACUGAAAAAGUAGACAUUAGUGGUCUUCGCAUGUCCUAAUUCAGUCGUCCUAGUUUCAAAAGGUUAUGUUACAAACAAUUUUAUUUUUCUGAAGACUUAACAGUGUUGAAAAUUUUUAUUCUCAGAACAUCUCCUAUGGAUUUGGUUUUUUUCCUGUAUAGUAUCUUUUUCUCUUAAUUUUGCAAGCAGCUCUGAAUAAAUAUAUUAUUUAUUUCUACACAAUAUUGGAAAAUUCACCCGUGAUACAUGAAUGAAUGGCAUAAAUGUUUGUCAGGUCUAUAUUUUUAUCCUUUUUUCAAUGUAUUUUUUAUCCUGCCCUGGAAGUCAUGUACUAUCAAUAUAAGUAAAUAUUAAAAGAGUUUGUCCUUCAGUGUAAGGUCUUCUCUGAUCCUCAAAUUUUUUAAUUUCUUUUUUUCUAUCAGAAUAGUAGUAAUUCUUAAUUUAUUGCAAGUUGUUGAUUUUUUGGUUACACAUUGUCGGAUUUUAAUGUUACAUUCUAUGUUAGUUUUAUUUUCUUAUUUUAUGAACUGUUUUAUUCCUUAUAGUAUGUCCAGGCUCCAAAGCGAAAAUUUUGACCAGUCAAGAAAUGGACGGUGGUACAUUUUAUGUGCUUCUCCGUGCACGACAAUUAAUGCAAAUUCAUGCAUUAUUACAUCUUGUAUGGUUAUAUUGGCUCAGAUAUUAAAUCAGCAAUUAGUAGCAUUUUACAUAACAAGGUGUAAGAAAGGAGGAUUUUUUUUGGUUCUUUAAAUAUAAUUUUUUCUGCUGAGAGAAAUGUAAGAAUUGCAAGUUGUACUUUACGGUACUUUUUAGGCAGUAAUUUAAAAAUUUUCCAACUAUACAUUCAACACAAACAACCCAUUUGUUUUAUCCCAUCUUUUAUUGUAGUUAAUUAGUUAAAAUAUCAUCAUUUUCAUUGAAGCUGAAAAUCCAUCUCUCCUUUAAAUGACAUCUCUUGAAAA